AGAAUGGCAGAAAAAUCUUGAACACACUCUACCAACAUAUGUCAUCUCAUCCUUGGACAGAAUCUUUUAGAAACAUUGGAUUAAAGGUGUAUCAACAGGCCGAGUGGGCUUUCAAUUAUUGGCAAGUGAAGGAUAACCUGUACAGCCUGAAAGACAAAACUGUCAAACACAUAAGAAAGGAGCUAAACAUGUUAGCUGAUGUCUUCUCCAAUUUUAACGUGAGGACCUUAAUAUUUGAUCCGAAGAACGGUGAAAUAGUUGUGGAAUUCUACUACAAAUCAUUGAUGAUGGCAUACAAAUAUGCAAGAUCAAUCAAACAGGUUUUAACAAGCAUCAACCACGUUGUCUCGACAUAUGUCGACAUGUUGCCAGAUUCAUACUGGAGCAUAAGUGAUAUUUACUACACUCUGAAACCUUACACCAGCCUACGCAACUGGACUCCCCCAUCUAAAUGUUAG